GUUAACAUGAUCGUAAAACUGACCCGCUUGCCACUAACAUGGCAGGUUUGCUUGAUAGCUAGUUAGCCUUUCGUUAGCUAGUAGUAGAAGCAUGGCUGCUACCUUCUUAGCAUGUCGGUGUUAGCCACAAUGAUAUCGUUCGUCAAUUUGUGUAAAAAAACAAAAAACAAACAAAAAAUGGUUUCAUCUGGGACCAACAACAGCGAGAUACAUAAUUUGGACGAUAUCAUUCAACAUUGGGCCAAAAAAGCAAUCGCCGUCACUGAAAUUUAAACGUAUUAUGCUAAAGUUAGCUAUCGAAGCUAAUCAAGGCUAGCGCUAGCAAGCUAACAAUAAUAAAACGAAGUUGCGUCAAGUAACCGGCUAAUAACUUUAAUCCAUAACUGGUAUGUGGAGAACCGAACCAAUCCAACACAAUGGCGUGUUCUUUGUUGAUUUGGAUUAGGUUUACAGUGUAAACUCGUAUCAUAAAGAUGCUAAUAUAGCUUCGUAGACACCCGAGGAACGGACCAAACCCGCUUAUUUGACGAUUUCAUCAGAACUUUGAUAACUUAAAUAACAUUAUCUUCCAACUCAUUGAGCUAUAAGAGGAACUGUGGUUUGUGUUUUAACCACCUUUUAGUUCAAUGCACGGACGUUUGCUUGUUUUUUUGAGUCAUUGGUGUUUGCGAGUCAUUGUAUAGAGUAAUGGUAAAUGUCGUGGAAAACUAACAACCCGAUGUAACCCAGUAUUUGAGCGUAAGUUGAAGUAGUUACAUAUUUACCAAAUCUUACUUUUCUGUGGGCUGUUUGCACAUCAAGCAACGGUAUUUUGGAAACACUUUAAAAGGUCCCUAACCCUUCUAUAUAAGGCAUCAAAUCCGUUUCCUCUCUUUAGCCUCGACACAACAGGGCCUUUGGCCAAUGUUGGUUUUAUCAAGACAGCAGAAUAUAAACUUUGCAACCUUAUACUAUGUAGUUAAGAGCUGCUUAUAUUUAGGUGUUUGGCUGAUGUUGUCAGUGGGAUGGAUUCAGCAAGGUCAUUUUCAGCUGCUAGCACUUGGACUGAAACAGCAUCCCUCAACAGAUGGCAAAGAUUUUCCAAUUCUGUGCCAGACAUGUUUAGGAGAAAAUCCUUACAUCCGUAUGACAAAGGAGAAAUAUGGGAAAGAAUGCAAGAUCUGUGCUCGACCCUUCACUGUGUUCCGAUGGUGUCCAGGGACACGAAUGCGUUUCAAGAAGACGGAGGUCUGUCAGACCUGCAGUAAAAUGAAGAAUGUUUGUCAGACAUGUCUGCUCGACCUGGAGUAUGGUUUGCCUAUCCAGGUCAGAGACACUGGGCUUGCUAUCAAAGAUGAGGUUCCGAAGUCAGAUGUGAACAAAGAGUACUACACACAGAACAUGGAGAGAGAGAUAGCCAAUUCUGAUGGCACACGGCCGGUGGGCCAGCUAGGUAAAGCCCCCAGCUCUAGUGAUAUGUUGCUGAAGCUGGCCCGUACAACGCCAUAUUACAAGAGGAACCGGCCGCACAUCUGCUCCUUCUGGGUGAAGGGAGAGUGUAAGAGAGGGGAAGAGUGUCCCUACAGGCAUGAGAAGCCCACAGAUCCUGAUGAUCCUCUAGCUGACCAGAACAUAAAGGACCGUUACUAUGGUAUCAAUGACCCAGUAGCUGACAAGCUGUUGAAGCGGGCCUCAACUAUGCCACGACUGGACCCACCAGAGGAUAAGUCCAUCACCACCCUCUACAUAGGGGGUUUGGGAGAUACUGUCACAGAUGGAGAUCUCAAGAGUCACUUUUACCAGUUUGGUGAGAUUCGCACCAUUACCAUAGUCCAGAGGCAGCAGUGUGCCUUCAUCCAGUUUGCCACGCGGCAGGCAGCAGAAAUGGCUGCUGAGAAGUCCUUCAACAAACUGAUCAUUAAUGGACGCAGGCUCACUGUCAAGUGGGGGAGGUCUCAGGCAGCAAGAGGAAAGGAGGGCAUCAAAGAUGGUGUCAGUGAGAUGGGUACCAGACUUGAUCCUGUACCUGGACUGCCUGGAGCUCUUCCUCCACCACCAGCUAUGGAUGAAGAGGCUCCUGCAAACUACUUCAACCUGGACCCCAGCACCUCCCCUGCUGUCAUGAACAUUGCUCUGCCCCCACCUCCAGGCAUUAACCCACCUCCUCCAGGUUUCGGCCCUCCAAUGUUUCACCCCAUGGGUCCCAUGGCUCCUCCCAUGCCCCCUCCAAUGAGCAUGAGACCUCCUGGUCAAAUCCACUACCCCUCCCAGGACCCUCAGCGCAUGGGUGCCCAUGCUGCACAUGGCUCACGCCAUGGUGAUUAGCUGCGAGAGUGAAAUACUGUACUGUGAUUAGGUGUCAUUCUUUUCCUUGAGUCAAACCUGGUCAGGUGCUUUCACUGCAGAUGCUGUCAGUGGGCCUGAAACCUGCAGACUACUUACGGGAGAAAUACAUUGAAUAGAAAAGACAAUUAUGUCUUACAGUAUAACAUCUGAUUUAUUAUGCCACCUGCAGUGCAGUGAAUGAACUGAAGGAGCACCAUCUGUGUCUGGAGAGACACAACCUGCAUCUUACCAGAUGACUUUGGCACUAACCGCAGUCAAAAAGUACCAGAACAGCAUCUAAACAGCGGAACUUAACAGAGUAAAAGACACCACACAUAACAGUACUGACUAGUGUGAUCAGGGUUGUCUUUAAAGGACUCCUGUGGUAGGAGCCAUUGUACAUAUAUAAAUGUAUACUUUAGGUAAAACAUGUCAUUGUCACAUCGUACAAAGUAUCACAUGGAGUUGAAUUCUGAGGAGCAUUUUUAAAACGUAUUAAUUUUCAGUUACAUUGACAUUUUUUUAUUUGACACAAUCUUAAUAUUCCACGACAUAAAGACUUCGUUAAUGUAAGCCUUUCUUUGUAUGUUGUUUUCACUUGUCAUUAAAAUGACUCAUUUUUGUCAUUGAUCA